CGAGAUCAGCGAAGUGUAAAAGAUUGCUCAACUGAAUUUAAUUUUCAACAUUCAAACGAUAGUCAUAGCGGUGAAUACUCACCACAUUCAACACCUUCCAUAACACACCCACCGCCAACGCUCGGUCAAGCCGAGCACGAUCUACUCAAACAGUUUGCUUUGCUUUUCGGCCCCGACGCCGAUGUCAAUACAUAUUACAUAUUAGAUUCAGACGUCGAUGGUGAUGACGAAGACACUGACGCCAACGGUUCGACAGCCAAUGUGCAUAUCGAACAGACGAUUGCCGAAAUUAAUCAGGCCGGUUCACCUUUGGAAACCACACGAACAACGCCGACAAAGAGUGUGACCAGCUCAAUGACAAUUUCACCAGAAUCACCAUCGUUUACAAUUAACGAGGCGCAUCUACCGCAUAUACCCUCUUCAUCUACAUCCAGCUCAUCCAUGUACGCCAUACGCACACCAUCACCGAUACGAUUUCGUCUAUUGGAAUCGCCAAGCUCCGAUAUCGACGGCAUCACCCUUACCGAGAUGGUGGAGGUACAUUGUCCGCCGACGAAAGCACUCGACGUCAGAGUGAAUAUGGAGCAUUUACUGGUUGAAAGUCAAAAUGGGGUUGGCGUCACCGAUGAGUUUGCGAGUCAAAAUAAUAAUACAUCCUGUUCUAUGUCAUCCACCCUAACCGAUAGCAAAACUGUUGAUGUACGAACACCGAUAGUAGUUUAAGCUUGUGUUAAAAAAUAUGUAUGUACGUUUGAAUGUGGUAACCAUGAUAUUUAAUUGGACCUGAGUUGGUAGUGGUUACAUCCUCCAUGUGCUUGAACCCUGACAAGAUUAGUUGAAGUGCAGCAAAGCCACAAAAAUCACAAAGAAAAGUGCAAAACAACAAAGCAAAUUGUGGUAAAUGAGGCACAAGUAUGGUACUCGUAACCAGAAGCCUAGCUUCGUAGUUUGUUAUUUGUUAGUAUUCAGGCUUGUAAAUGUAAUUAGGCAGCGAAAUCAAACGUCAAAAUAAUUAUUACUUUCAAGGGUCGAAUUAUUUACGGUUAGUUGAAGAACUUAGUUAGUCAAUUUGCUUAGCAAUUUUGUUGGAUUGAGGUUAGCAUAGAGCUGUUUUCAAGGUAGGUCUAGGCAGCAAGUCGCUUCGACAGGAUUGGACUAUAUGCAGUAGACUCUAAAGUAUUUCUUAAAACUGUGCAUACGGCACCCAAGUAGUUGGAGUCUUAGGCCUAGGUAGUGUGUAAAGCAUAAAAAGGCACCGAGGAGGGUCUUAACUAAUGGAGAAGGGAAUGAAAUGUCUGUCUUUAUUGGCGCUUUCCACAGUUUUCUUAAGUGAAGCUUGAACACUUUUGGAAAGACUCUUCCUAACAUCUUGUUUUUGUCGAUGUUUGAGCCAUCUUUUCGAAUUUUCCAUCGAGGGUUGCAAGUUAAACAGUCGUCAUUAUGUAAGAAAAAUAUUCAGAUCCGUUGAGACGUGAUUAACGAACUGAAUUUAUAGCGAAAAUUCUGCUUUAUCGCAUUGGUUACAGAUCUAGCUAAGAUUUGUGAACUCAGCAUUCAUUAGCAAGUAAUGAUGUUAUAGUAAACUGUGAAUUUUAAGAGAAAAGUGUUGUAUUUUAGGUUAUAGAAAUUAGUAUGAGUAAAGAAAUGUUGCGAUGUGUAGAAAAAUUAUGAUGUUAUUCUUUAUUGACGUCAUAAAACUGUUUAGAUUGCCUUAGAAGAGAGUCAAAAAGUUAAAAACGUCAUGCUUGUUAGUUCACAGAUAUUACCACUUGGUCUCAUUUACCAUAAAUUGCUUUGUUAUUACUGUUAUACUUCGUAAUUUACUCUACUCGAAUAUGCUAUAUUAAUUUCGUCCAUUUAUUUCCGUAUAGAUACCUCGAAAAUAUUAUUAUAUUAAAAUAUAGAAAGCUGCUAUUAAAGCUCUCAAUAAUUUCAUAUUAUUUAUUAAAAUUUUUAAUUUUGAAAAUUUUAUAUUUUUUAUGUUUAAAGUUAGGUUCCAUGUGUUGUAUUGUUGUUGCUGACACGGUGUAAAAUAUGCUGUAAAAAUUUUUUUGAGAAACAGGGAGUGAUAU